AUUUUGUGUUCAUUUGCACAGAAGAGUGCACAUUAUUCUUUUAAAUGUAUUUUAUCAUUUUUGAGCUAUUUGACAAGGAUUUUAAAUAUUUCGCCAUUAUCGACAGUGCUUUGGGUAUAUCUGUGUUGUCAAAUAUCGAUGGAUAAAUUGUGUUGGUUUAAGUGUAUUCAGAUUUGAAAUGUGUUUAAAGAACCAAACAUCAUCAAUAAGCUGAUGAGAUUAACAAAUGGAUUAAUUUUUGGACUCGGCGUGAUACACUUUAACUUGAACAAUUGCAGGAAUUAGAGUAAACCCCUGUCAACCAUGUUAAAUUAAAACAAUCAUUGCACAAUAAUUAUUGCCAUCAUAAGAGGAAAAACACUUUACAUAUUUUCAGAAAAGUGUGUUCUUUUAAAUUUGCAAGACUGUGUGUAUCUUAUUGGGAAUUGAAAGAGAAAAAGUUUACCACAAGUUAGUUAUGCAAAAUCCGUGAUAACUGAUUGGAUUAACCUUCUGGUGUGCAUGGAUUAAGGGGAUUAACCACAAUACUAUGGAUUCUUCACAGCAGAGAUAGGCAACAAAUGGUGACGGUGUAUCUCUGACAGGUUGAAAGGCAUUGGUCAUCAGUUUCUUUAUUGAGGUGUGGGAGAUUUGAUCUCCAAUGUUAAGCACAGUCCAAAUGACUGAUACAAUGUCUAGACGCCCUUACCCCAAUAUAAAUGUAUCAGCCUCCCAAACCCACAAAGAUGUAACAGAUGACCGAUAUCGAGACCUACGCCGGCCAAGGAAGGUCAGAUUUUACGUCAAUGGUGACAGAUACUUCAAAGGAAAAAAACUGUACAUUACUCCUCAUAGGUAUUUCAACUUUAACGAUCUGCUGAAUGACUUGACAGGGAAGUUGCCAUCAAAUUUGAACCUACCCUAUGGAGUGCGUCAAAUUUUCACACCCGUGUCUGGGAGACGAGUAACAGAAAUUGAAGACUUGUCUGACGGAGAAAAUUACGUCUGCGCUGGAUUUGAAGGAUUUAAAAUCAUCAAGUACGGAAAGGCUGAAUUGGAACCCUGGUCUGUGGAACAAACCAGAAGAAUUCAGAAUGAGGUUCUAAGAGAUCGUACGUCCACAAAAUAUGCUCGUCCACACAACCAUGAAUUUGGAGAAACAGAAGCAAACUAUGGACAUCAUCAAGGGGGCUAUGGAAGAAAUAGGGGAAUGUUUGGAAGCAAUGCUUUUCAUCCGGGACGAUUCUUCCAUGGAACUCAACCACAUCGACGCUGGGCAGGGACAUUUGGCCAUGCCAACAGAAAUACAUAUCUACCAAAUGCUGAUAACAUUCCACUCAAGCCAAAAGUUGUCACAAUAGUCAGAAAUGGACACAAACCACGAAACAAUGUGAAGAUUCUCCUCAACAGGAGAAGUGUUCAGUCCUUUGAGCAACUUAUGGCCGAUAUUUCGGAGGCCUUCGGACCAAAGUAUAAAAAUAACAAGGUGAAGAAACUGUAUUCAAUUCGUGGGAAGGAGGUUCAGGGGAUUUCAGACUUCUUCCGUGAUGAUGAUGUGUUUAUUGGUGUGGGAACAGAAAGUUUAUCUGACUCUGACAUUGUUGACAUUGUGGAAGAGGUGUAUCCAGACAGCUCAGUGGCAAAAAGUAUUCUUCGAGAAAUCGAGAGAAAUAAGCGGAAGAGACAGAACCUUCCAAAGCAAACACAAGCUGAUCAUGAUGCAGACAAGCGGGACAGCGGCUUUGGGGAAGGGAGUGAUGGCAGCAACAAAGACCAAGAGGGGGAUUAUGUUAUGUACAAAGGCAGGCCUCAAGAAAAGGGAAAACGAAGACAUGACUAUCCCAAGGAGUAUGAGCUAUCUGGAAAAUUGGAGCAGGAGAAAGAUAAAGCAGUUCAGGAGGAACGAGAGAGGACAAAGAAACGACAGCAGAAGAUGAUGGAGACUGAACGGAGGGCAUUAGAUGAGGAAAGACGGAAGAGGGGGCUAGUAGCCAACAAACCAGAAGACCCAUUCAAGAGGAUAAAGGAUCAAAAAGAGAAGGAGAAGGAAGAGGCACGAAAGAAGAAAGAGGAAGAGAGACUAAAAAAAUUGGAGGAGGAAGAGAAAGAAAAACAGAAAAAAGAGCAGGAAGCCAGAGAUAAAGCCAUCCAGGCUGCUAGAGACAGACAAGCAGCUGCUGAGAAGGCAGAGAGAGAGAAGGAGAAGGUAGAGAGAGAGAAGAUGGAAAAAGAGAAAGCUGAGAAGGAGGACAAAGAAAAGGUUGAUAAAGAGAGUAAAGAUGCUGCUAACAAGGAUAAGACUCCAAGAGAUCAAAAGGCAACGAAGGAGAAAACGGACCCAGCAAUGAAAGACAAGGAAAAAGAAAAGGAAAAGGCUGAGAAAAAGCGAAAAGCAAAAUCCAAGAUUGUACGCAAAUCUAAAUUAGAACGUCAGGUGAGCACUGAUGAGCACAUUACUAAUAGGUAUGACUUGGGUCGAACUCUCGGAGAUGGAAACUUUGCUAUUGUGAGACAGUCUAAGUUAAAAGCAGGGGGAGGUGAAUAUGCCAUGAAAGUGAUAGACAAACCAAAACUGAAAGGCAAGGAGCACAUGGUGGAAAAUGAAAUAGAGAUCAUGAAGGAUUGUCACCAUCCCAAUAUUGUGAAGUUGUAUGAGGAAUACGAAACAUCAGACAAAAUCUACUUAGUCAUGGAACUUGUUAAGGGUGGAGAUUUGUUUGAUGCCAUCACUCAGAGUGUGAAAUUUGGAGAAGUGGACUCUGCUCACAUGGUCAAAGAUUUAUGUAAUGCUCUCUUCUACCUCCAUUCUCGCUCCAUAGUCCACCGAGACCUUAAGCCUGAGAACCUUCUGGUUCACCGAAACAAGGAUGGCUCUAUAUCACUGAAGCUGGCAGACUUUGGGUUAGCCAUGGAAGUAAAAGAACCUAUCUACACUGUGUGCGGAACACCAACUUAUGUAGCUCCAGAAAUCCUCUCCGAAAUCGGUUAUGGCUUGGAGGUAGACAUGUGGGCUGUUGGCGUAAUCACCUACAUCUUACUGUGUGGAUUUCCUCCCUUCCGAAGUCCAGACAGAAACCAGACAGAACUGUUUGAGUUCAUCAAAGCAGGGGAAUAUGAAUUCCUUAGUCCGUAUUGGGACAACAUCUCUCCUUAUGCCAAAGACCUGAUAGAGCACCUGUUGGUGGUGGACAAGAAGAAGCGUUAUACAGCCAUAGAAACACUCUCUCAUCCAUGGAUUUUAUGUAAUGGUGAUAUGUCGAGGCCACCGGACAGCUCGAAAAUGGAUGAUAUGAGGAAAACCUCACGAAAAGAAUUAGAACUGCAGGCAAAACAAAAUUAUGACUCUUAUCAGAAAGUCAGAGAGAAACGCAAGCUUGAACAAGGGUCGUGAUCUCGUGACAAAACCAUAGUAUCACCAUAGAAACACCAGCAGUGAUAUGUGGCCAUAGCAACACGAGUUUGUAGAAACCAUUGAUUUUCACUGUGCCAAUUUGCUGUCCAAAUUUAUAUUUGUAUACAAAGAAUGGAUAGCAAACUUAAUAUUUUCCAUUUUUAAACUUUUUUUUAAACUGACAUUCAAUUUUAUGAGUUUGAGAUUUGCAUCUAGUGUUGCAUUGAUUCCUGUUUUUGAAGUAUCUUUUUGUAAAUACAUUACGAUUGAUUUCCUAUAUAUUGAGCAAUUCAGGUCUGUGCUAAUUAUUGUUUUGUUGAAUUUGAUAUUUUUGUUUUGCAUGUCAAAUAUUUUAUUAUUUAAAUGUGGGCCUGUGAUAUACAUAGCUGUAUACAUGUUAUAGUGCGUACAAGGAGAUGGGUAAUUGUGUGGCGUCACUAACGACAUAUUAUGGUGUGAAUGGUUUGAUUUCAUCCACCUGCAAUGUACUUUAUUUUUUUAAAAAUUGACUUUAUAUCAUGAAACGGUUUUCAGGAUUUUAUAAACUCUGGAUUUUUGCAACUGCAAUUCUAAAUUGUUGAGCUCCAUAAUUUGCUGUAGUAUCUCCUAUUUUGAUACUUUUCAAACCUUGAACAAAAAUAUUGUAUCAGGGAUUUGUGAUAGAAACUCAGAAGUCAAAUGAAAAGUGUAUAUAAUGAAAAUUCAGGAAUUUUUUUAGAAUCUAAAACUUUCAUGGCAGAAAAAGAAAUUUUUUGAUGUCCGGAUCUGGAGUGUAGUACUGAUGAGUGUCUGUAAUAUAUCUACAUACAAUUGUAAUAUUUAUUUAUUAUGAAGAGAACUAUUCACAUACCUGGUUUUUCCAGAUUUUCCAGAAGUCUGAAUUGUUUUAUACAUGUAAAACCUGAUUAAGUCCGUCCAUAUUUUUACUUGUUACACGUUUGAUGUUUCAGCCAGUUGUUAUAUUUUUUUAUAACCUUUUCUUGUUUCUUUACUACCAAGUCAACAACAGAAUUCCAUUUUUUUCUUUAUGCAAUUACUGACCCAGAAAAUCCAACAGACAACAUUGCAUGAUCAGUUUAUAUUUAUGAGGCUUUAUUUUUGCUCGUCUCGCAAGAUUAUAAACUGGUGAAAAUGAAGGUGUCCGUUCCUUUACUACAUGCAUAUUUUUUUUAGUACAAUAUCAAUUGAUUGCAAAAAAUCCUUCUUACAUAUAAAUCAAUAUUGAUGAUCUUGUGAAUAUGGUCUCCAAAAAAUGUCCAGAACUACAGUAUACUUUAUAGAAGAUAUUUACAGUUUUUUAAUGUUACAUGUUUUUUUCAUGGAUGUUUUUAUAGUAUUUUUUUGUUUGCAUGCAAAAUCAAAGAGUUAUGUUUGAUAUCUACAUGAUGUACAGUGUACAUUUGUACUCUUAGUUAAACUUGAACUGUGAUAAGACUUCACAACCCUGUACAGAUUGAAUACCAGAUGUGAUGUAUUAACAUAUAUUCCAAUUUGUUAUUAUUAGUAUCAUGAAAUAUAUUAUCCUUGAAAACCACAAGAAAUGAGGAGCAUUGUAUAUCCAAUUUUCUAUAAAUAUUCUCAUGCCUGGUCUUUGUCAGUAUUUUGUGAUAAAUUGCAUUUUUUAUACAUUCAAAGUUCACUAUGUAAGACAGAGAAAAGAUCUGGAUUUAUUUUUAGUUAGGCAAGGGUAAAAAAGAAAUCAGACUUGCAUAUUUAAGGAAGUGGUAAAGUACUUCAUAGCUUUUAUAUAUUAUAUAUAAUUUAUAGAUAGAAAUGUGAUUCCAGCAUUAUUAACUUGUUUUCAUAUGUAUUAUCAUAAAUUAAGUACGUGUAAUUUGAUUUUUUUGAAAACAUUUUUUUUUUAGAUUAUUUCAAAACAAAAUGACAUUUUAUAUCACUUACACACUUUUAUAAAAUUAAUUCAGUUUUCCCCAGCAAUUUUUGGAAAGGGGAGGCAUUUUUGAUCAAGUAAAAUAUGUACACCAUAGAUAAAAUAAUCUUGGUUUGAAAUCACUAUAAUUUCAUAUGAAAUGAUGGAUUUAUUAAAUAUCUUUAGAGUAGGUUUUAUACUGAUAGCUUAAUUAAAGAUAAACUCAACCUUCAUAUGUAAAGUCAUUUCUUCAGUCAAGCAAUAACUGUUUUCUAUGAAAUAACUGAAAACCAACUAUUGUCGUUCUUCUUACAUUCCAUUAAUGUUAGUGGAUGCUAACUUUCUGUUAUAUGUAUAUUUCAUGUUACGAAAUAAAUCCGCUAUAGAUCAU